AGAGUGGGAAGUUAGCUAUCAACGAAGUUAACAGUACAGAGACGGGAACAUAUUAUAUAUACAUCACUGUGGCUUUUUGGUUGAUAUAUGAUAUAUGAUCUGUUAAAAGCUAUGGAUAAUCAAGAACAGCUACUGAACAUGGGAAGAUCUCUUGCAGUGCCAUGGGUUCAAGAUCUGGCCAAGGAGACGAUGAUUACAAUUCCACCACGAUAUGUGAGGCCCCAUCAAGAUCCACCCCUCAUCUCAAAUACCUCCUUAUCUUUACCUCAACUCCCUAUCAUCGACAUGCAAACCUUACUUUCCAACAACGACGAUUUCUCAGAGCUCGACAAGUUGCACCUUGCUUCUCAGGAAUGGGGUUUCUUCCAGCUGAUAAAUCAUGGGGUGAGCAGUUCGUUGCUGGAGAAGGUGAAGUCUGGCAUUCAAGAAUUUUUUGAACUCCCAAUGGAGGAGAAGAAGAAAUAUUGGCAACAAGGAGGAGACGUAGAGGGAUUUGGGCAGGCCUUUGUCCUCUCUGAGGAGCAGAAGCUUGACUGGGGUGACCUUUUCUACAUGGUCACUCUUCCUACCCAUUUGAGGAAGCCCCGCUUGUUUCCCAAGCUCCCUCUCCCAUUGAGAGACAACUUAGAAGCUUACUCAGCUGAAUUAAAAGCUCUUGCAGUGAAAAUCCUAGACCUAAUGGCAAAAGCUCUGAAAAUGGAAGCAAGAGAAAUGAGGGAGUUGUUUGAAGAAGGAUGGCAAGGUAUGAGGAUGAACUAUUAUCCUCCAUGUCCGCAGCCAGAGCUUGCCAUUGGUCUCAAUCCUCACUCUGAUCCGGUUGCCCUAACAAUCCUCCUGCAAAUCAAUGAGGUGGAAGGCCUACAGAUGAGGAAAAACGGGAUGUGGAUUCCAGUUAAACCUCUGCCUAACGCUUUUAUUGUCAACAUAGGUGAUGCUCUGGAGAUCGUGACAAAUGGAACAUACCGAAGCAUUGAGCAUCGGGCGACAGUGAACUCGGAGAAGGAGAGGCUCUCGAUUGCCACAUUUUACAGCCCAAAGCUGGAUGGAGAUAUGGGACCAGCACCAAGUCUUAUUUCUUCGGAAAAAUCACCUGCUUUGUUCAAAAGAAUUAGUGUUGCCGAUUACUUUCGGGCUUUUUUCUCACGGGAACUCCGUGGGAAAUCAAAUCUCGAUACCAUGAGGAUCAUCCAAAAUGAGGAGACAAACAUUUAAAGUACUGAUCUACAUCAUCUACUUAUCCGUGAUCAGUUAUAUAUUGUCGUAGUUAAUAAAUAAGUACCAAUGGAGUACCCAUUUAUUUUCUA